UUUUUAUUACUCAGGCCCAUCUAAUUGUUCUCUGUUCUUCAAUUCCAACAACUGAUAUGCUUAGUCAAGUAACUGAACUGUUUACUCAUUAUGUUAAGAAAGGCGAACAAACUUUAACCCAUAAAGGAAAAAUCUCUGUUGAAGAAAAUGUUAGAGAAGCUGGUUUCUCGAUAUCUCAGGCAGGAAUUCCUAUGUAUAUUUGUGUUUCUUUUACUUGCUCUACUAUUCGUCAAUGGUCUCCUGGAGAUUUAAAUUAUUAUUCUUAUAAUAUUCCACAAAAUGCAUUGCCACAAGACGCCUGUCUUCAAGCUUUGGCUGAAAUGAGACGAACUAAAUUUUAUCAGGUUAAAUGUGCUCAAUAUGAAUGGAUGACUGGAGUUGUAAAAAUUGUUAGAGAAUUUUCCAAUAGAAUCCCAGCUUGGAGUCCUUUAAGUGAUUGGGUUUGUUUUUUUAAUAUCUUUAAUUAUUUUUAA